UUUUGCACUUUCACACUGCCAGUGAUGACCCGGUAUAUGUGCAUGCUUUCACACACAACCCUUGAAGAUCCCGUUACGACACGUGACAUCAGCGCGUGACGUGUAAUGUACGAGUCGAAAACGCUAGGCACGUUAUACUUUCAUUGAAGCAAGCAAAUGAUCUCUGCGUCAGCGCGGAAAGCCUGAUGUCCAGAAGACGGAGAUGCAGGCUGAUCUGAUCGUAGGCUCUGAUGGAGCUUUCUCUGAUGUCAGGAAGCAUUUCCUGUGGCAAAGUCGUUUCAAUUACAGCCAGACAUACAUUCCCCACGGGUAAAUGGAGCUCACCGUGCCUCCUAAAGACGGAGAUUUUGCUGUGGAGCCCAAUUACUUGCACAUUUGGCCCAGGAACACUUUCAUGAUGAUUGCUCUGCUCAGCUUGACAGGAUGUUCACAUGCACUCUUCAUGCCCUUUGAAGAAUUCGAGAAGAUCCGCUCCGGUGACGAGGUCAUCUGUUUCUUCCAGAAAUACUUUCCUGACUCUGCACCUCUAAUAGGAGUGUCACAUUUACCAGAACACAGUGCCAUGAAGCAGUGAAGCAACGGCAUUUGCAAAAUAAUGUGAAGACAAAAAUUUAGUGUUUGAAAGUGCUUGAGAGCAACGUUUGUCUGACAAAUGACCUGUGCCAGUGUAAAAUCAUGAACCGUGAGAGGCUAUAAACAAAGUGUUUAAAAACAGCUGUCAACAAAAUUAUUUCACUCAAAGACUCAUUAGCGUUAUGGUUAUAAUAGCACAUUUCAAACUGAUGGUAGAAAAAUAAGAUUCAGUGUUUUCAGUUAAAUUUUUUAUUAAAUUAGAAACUUCAGAACGUCCUGUUCAGGAACUAAUCAAAGUGUGUUUCCAGCACUGAAACCAAUAAACUGAUAAACUUUUGGACUU